AUGGGGAAGACAUACAUACUUCAGUUCCAUAAUUCGGGAAAGUUGAAUCAAUGCAACAGCUAUGUUGGUGGUAGCAUAGAGUUAGUUGACAAUGUGGACCCUAACAUGAUGUCUUACUUUGAAUUAGAAGACAUGGUGGAUAUGCUGCAGUUGGGUGAGAGUAAAAUGUUCUACAGAAAAUCUAUUGGUGGGCACUUGAUGCAGAUAAUUAAUGAUGGGAGUGUUAUGCAGAUGUUUAUGGCCUACAACAGCUCAUCUUUGAUUAAGAUUUAUGUCACUAAUACUGAGAAUGAGGAUUAUAGGUUUAGUGUACAACCUGCAAGUGUUGAAGAGAAUGUGUAUAAUGAUGCCUCAGUUGAUGAAGAGGAUGAAAUAUAUGAUGGGGAAGAUAGUGAAGAGUUAGAUGAUGUCUCAGUUUAUGCACCAAGUGAUGAGCUAUGGAGUAUCCAUAGUGACUCAGAUGAUGAGAUACAUAUUCCUUGCAAAAAAUCAGAUUUCAUUGCUAGGAGAGAAAUGGGAGAGAAGGAAAAAAAAUUAAUGGUGGGAAUGGAGUUUGCUACAUUUGCAGAAUUCAAAGAUGUGUUGAGAGACCAUGCUAUCAAGAACAAAUAUGACAUCAAGUUUGUUAAAAAUGAUGGAAAAAGGGUUACAUGUAUAUGUAAAAAUGAGUGUGGGUGGAGGAUACAUGCUUCAAAGAGAAAAUCAAAUGGUGCUAUUGUGAUUAGUACAUUCAAUGAUGAACAUAACUGCUCUGAAGUUCAAACAAGCAGACUAGCAACAUCUUCUUAUCUUGCAAAGAAAGAGUAUUGUCAGUUGGUAUUGGAGACAAAUCUUGGAAGUGUUGCUAAGGUUGAUGCAUUCUUAGAGCCAGAUGGGAAGUCUACAAGGUUUGAGAGACUGUUUUUCCCAUUGAAUGCAAUGUGGAGAGGCUUUAAAGAGGGUUGUAGGCCAUUCAUUGGCUUAGAUGGCUGCUUUCUAAAAACUCAUUACAAUCAACAUUUACUAAGUGCUAUUGGUAGAGAUGGGGACAAUAGCUUCUAUCCUGUUGCAAUUGGUAUUGUGGAAGCAGAGACAAAGGAGACUUGGGAUUGGUUUCUGGAUAACCUCAUGGAAAAAUUAUGCCCCCACAAAGAAAUAACAUUCAUUUCAGACAGACAAAAGGUAUGUUUGGUUGACACACUUGAGAAGCUUGGGGCAGAUCACAGAUUCUGUGUAAGGCACAUGUAUGACAACUUCAAAAAGAAGUUCCCAGGCUUAGAGUUGAAGCAAGAGUUAUGGGAUGUAGCAAAUUCUUUCACAAUGGUAGACUUUCAGGGACACAUGCAGAGAAUCAGGGAAAUUAACACAAAUGCAUAUGAUUGGUUGGCCAAGAUACCCCCUCACCUGUGGGCUAAGUGUAAGUACUCAGAAUGGUCAAAGUGUGACCUUAACAGCAAUAAUAUGUGUGAAUCAUGGAAUUCACACAUACUAAAGGCCAGAGAUAAGCCCAUCAUCACCAUGCUUGAAAUGAUCAGAAAGUCCUUGUUGAGGAGGUAUCAAGAGAAAAAAGAGUACAUGGAGGGGAAAAUGGGGUUGUUGUGUCCAGCUCCAGCAGCUCAGCUAAAACUGAACAAGAGAAACUCAAUGAGUUGUCAUGCUCACCUCUCUGGAAAAGCCAUUUAUGAGGUUGAAGAUGGAGGAGUGAAUGAGACUGUUGACUUACAUAAAAAAAAGCUGUACUUGUAG